GCUAUACGCGCAGGCACAUCCCUCCCUCCUCUCGCAGCUUGACUCCAGCUGCUGCCUGUGCGCCGCAGUCGGCCUGCCCUGUCUGCCUCUGAGCCUGCUGGGAGUUGGAGGGGAGAAACCGUCGAGCAAGGGGGGGGAAGUGUGCGUAUGUGUGUGUUUGUGCGGGUCCCAAACUGGAAACCGCUACCAACAAGCGCACACCCCGCACGACUGAGACUGAGCCAAAAGACCCCCGGGUGGGUUGUUGUCACUACUUUCCAGAGAGCCGUGAAAACCCGCCACGGAGACCCUGAAACUUGCGUGCUUGUUUUUUUGUCCUUCUUCUUCUGUGGUAGCGGCAGCGCUGUUUGCGCCGCACCGACUGCUCUGUUACUUGAGAGGAUUCAUUGGUCGGAGCAGCAUUGCGCAUUGGCCCCGCUUUCUAGCCACCGUUAAUCCCGAGGGAAGAGGAGCGGCGAACUACUCCCGGUCAGCGUCUUCUCCGAGCUUGUUGCAGAGUUGAGACCGUUUCAAAGUGUCGUUUCCCCCUCGUCCUGUGUGGGAUGCGACCGCUGCUGUAGGACCCCGCUGGUGGACAGUUUUUCCUCAAGAAGUUUCCAACAAGCUUUCGGACAGAAGAAGACAGAAAAUGUCCACGUCGAGGUUCAAAAAGGAUAAAGAAAUCAUCGCGGAUUACGAGAGUCAAGUCAAAGAGAUCCGGGCCCAGUUGGUGGAACAGCAGAAAUGUCUGGACCAGCAGACGGAGAUGAGGGUCCAGCUGCUGCAGGACCUCCAGGAUUUCUUCAGGAAGAAGGCCGAGAUUGAGAUGGAAUACUCCAGAAACCUGGAGAAACUGGCCGAACGCUUCAUGGCAAAGACGCGCAGCACCAAGGAUCACCAGCAGUACAAGAAAGACCAGAACUUGCUGUCCCCAGUGAACUGUUGGUACCUGCUGCUGAACCAGGUGAGGAGGGAGAGUAAGGACCACGCAACACUGAGUGACAUCUACCUCAACAACGUCAUCAUGAGGUUCAUGCAGAUCAGUGAGGACUCCACACGGCUACUCAAGAAGAGCAAGGAAAUAGCCUUUCAGCUCCAGGAAGACUUAAUGAAGGUCCUUAAUGAGCUAUACACAGUGAUGAAAACCUACCACAUGUACCACUCGGAGAGCAUCAGUUCCGAGAGCAAGCUGAAGGAGGCGGAGAAGCAAGAGGAGAAGCAGAUCGGCCGGGGAGAGCAGGUCUUCAGCAUCCGAAUGGAAGACAAAUACCAGAGACGCAGCUCUGUGAAAAAGAUCGAGAAGAUGAAAGAGAAGCGCCAAGCCAAGUACUCCGAGAACAAGCUGAAGUCCAUCAAAGCGCGGAACGAGUACCUCCUGACACUGGAAGCGUCCAACUCCUCCGUUUUCAAAUACUACAUCCACGACCUGUCGGACCUUAUUGAUUGCUGUGAUUUGGGUUACCACGCCAGUCUGAACCGGGCCCUGCGCACCUACCUGUCGGCCGAAUACAACCUUGAGACGUCCCGCCACGAGGGUCUUGACAUCAUAGAGAACGCUGUGGACAGUCUGGACCCACGGAGUGACCGACAGAGGUUCAUGGAGAUGUUCCCUACGGCCUUCUGCCCACCGGCAAAAUUUGAGUUCCAGUCUCAUAUGGGUGACGAGGUUUGUCAGAUCUCAGUGCAGCCACCGGUGAACGGAGAGCUCAUCCUGAGGUUCCAGCAGCUUCAGUCUCGCCUGGCUACUCUGAACAUAGAGAACGAAGAGAUCAAGAAGACGUCGGAAGCCACCCUGACCACGAUCCAGGACAUGGUGACCAUUGAAGACUACGACGUGUCCGAGUGUUUCCACCACAGCCGAUCAACGGAGUCGGUCAAGUCCACUGUGUCGGAGACGUACCUCAGCAAGCCCAGCAUCGCCAAGCGGAGGGCCAACCAGCAGGAGACCGAGCAGUUCUACUUCAUGAAAUUCCGGGAGUUUCUGGAGGGCAGUAAUCUCAUCUCCAAACUGCAGGCCAAACACGACUUGCUGAAGAGGACACUUGGUGAAGGCCACAGAGCUGACUACAUGACCACAAGCCGCGGACGACGGAACUCACACGCUCGACAUCAGGACUCUGGACAAGCUAUUCCCCGUGUGGUAGAAAGCUGUAUUCGCUGCAUAAAUUUGUAUGGCCUCCAACAUCAAGGAAUAUUUCGUGUAUCUGGAUCCCAGCUGGAAGUCAAUGACAUCAAGAACUCUUUUGAAAGAGGAAAUGACCCCCUGACGGACGAUGAGAACAGUCAUGACAUCAACUCAGUGGCUGGCGUUCUCAAACUAUACUUCCGCGGUCUGGAAAACCCUCUUUUCCCCAAAGAGAGGUUCAAUGAUCUGCUGUCCUGCAUCAGAAUAGAAAACCUGUAUGAGAGAGCGCUGUACAUCCGGAAGAUCCUUCUGACCAUUCCCAGAUCCGUCCUCGUCGUCAUGCGCUACCUCUUCGCCUUCCUUAACCACCUGUCCCAGUACAGUGACGAGAACAUGAUGGACUCGUACAACCUGGCCAUAUGCUUCGGCCCCACGCUGAUGCCCACACCAGACAGCCUGGACCAGGUCUCCUGCCAGGCCCACGUCAAUGAGAUCAUCAAGACCAUCAUCAUCCAACACGAGAACAUCUUUCCUGAUGCCAAAGAACUGGAAGGGCCCAUGUAUGAGAAGUGUAUGGCUGGAGGAGACUAUUGUGAGAGCCCCUACAGUGAGCACGGAGCGCUGGAGGAAGUAGAAAACGAGGGAGGGACAGAGACGCACACCAGCGAGGACGAGGGCGAGCCCAUUGAAGCCAUUGCCAAGUUUGACUACGUUGGGCGCUCAUCCCGAGAGUUGUCCUUCAAGAAGGGCGCCUCGCUGCUGCUGUACCAGCGGGCCUCAGAAGACUGGUGGGAGGGACGGCACAACGGCAUCGAUGGCCUGGUGCCACAUCAGUAUAUUGUGGUCCAAGAUAUAGAUGACAGCUUCUCAGACACUCUGAGUCAGAAGGCUGACAGCGAGGCCAGCAGCGGCCACGCUGGAGAGGAUAAAUGCCUGGGAAAAGACAUCGGCUCGCCCUCUGACACCAGGAUCUCUGAGGCCUAUAUUAGCAGCAGGCACAAGAAAAGAUCGGAGCCCCCAUCCCGGCGGCCCCCUGCCCGCCCCAGUGAUGUCCACUGCAUGGUGCAUCCCUCCCAGCAUGGUCACGGAGGACAUGUGGGCCCCCCAGAGAUGGGCUCCCCAGUUAUAGGCCACUUCAGCCCACGGGACAUGCUGCGGAGUCGCAACCACAUGCCCAUGGACAGCCCAGAACGCCGCCGCCGCACCGGCCACGGCAGUCUGUCCAACAUCAGCCGCAACGAGUCGCUGAAGAAGAUGGAGAGCCCCCCGAUCCGCCGCUCGACCUCCUCGGGCCAGUACACGAGCUUCACUGACGCCCACCACCACCACCACCACCACCACCUAGGGGGCAAGUCCCUGGAUCCGGAGACCAUCGCACAGGACAUAGAAGAAACUAUGAACACUGCUCUGAAUGAGCUGCGUGAGCUGGAGCGUCAGAGCUCAGCUAAGCACGCCCCCGACGUGGUACUGGACACCCUUGAGCAGCGGCAGACCUCCGGCGGCAGCGGCGGGGGUCCCACGCCGGCCAGCUCCAGCGAGUCCCUCAGCCCCAUCCACGGCAUCAUGCUGAGGUCCACCGCCAACACUGAGCCCCCCAUUCGCCGCAGCACCAGCUCCUCCAGCGAUACCAUGAGCACAUUCAAGCCUCUGGUCGCACCCCGCAUGGGGGUGCAACUCAAACCCCCCGCCUUGAGGCCCAAGCCCAUGCUCCUGCCCAAGUCCAGCCAGGCCUCCCAGCCUCCAGCGACAUCUGCUCAGGACCCUCUGGACAAGUCCUGCACCAUGUAACUCUGGGAAGGGAACUAGAGGUGUAAAACAAAAACAAUGAAUUUCCAGGAGGCUGCAAAAAUGCUCCCAGUGUCUCGUCUUCAUAGAUAUACAACAUGUAGGAGCGUCACAGCGGCGACAUAUUUGUCGGCCAGACAAAUUUUCUUAGUUUAAUAUGAUCUAACAAAUGUCGUCUUUUUCUUUUUUUAAGAAAUUCAAACAACAAAUCACAAAGGCUUCCUUCAAGGUUUUAGACAAAUGUACCCUAGUUAGUUUCCAUGAACCGUGUAACACGCGCUGCAUGUCGCUCCACUGUUUAACCACUGAACCUGAACGGGAGCUUGAUGAGAACCAGAGUGGCAUUCUCUCUCUCACACAUUUAAAUGAUGUACUUUUCUUUUUUUUCUUUUUUUUCGCUCUUAUGUAGGAGGGACAUCGAAGGUGUUGUGAGCUGGUUGCACGGCCUUAGUCGACUUUGAGACAUAACUGAUUUCACAUGUUAAAAUAUUACAACGGUGCUGUGACUACCUGGACAGAAGUGGUUUGAAGGUCAGACCGAUUACGGGCCUGAAGAGCCCUCGAUACUUUGUUAAUAGAGAAUAGAACUGAUUAGCAGCGUGCUUUCUUCACUAGCGUGUAAACUCUGCAACUUUCUUUGGCAAGGCAAAUGUACAAAGAUCACCUCUGUGCUGGAUUCACUCAACUUCAUUUUAACACGCGUCCACAUUGCCUGGAACGAGAUAUGACUAUUGGAUAAAACCACUACUUCAUUAUGAACUUUGUUUGCAUUUGAUGCAUUCUUGACUUCCUGCAUCAAUAACUCACGAUGCAGGCGUAACGUAGGCCUCACAAUAACUUAUGCCUUUGCAUCUGUAUAAUAAAUGGUGGAGCAGUGUGAAAAAAUUAUUAUGAUGACCAAUCAUUUCCUACCUACAGUAUAUACGACACAUAAUGCGAUAUUACACGGCGCGAAAGACAUGCCACAGCUUCUUUUUGCGCUUUGCUCGAUCUACCCAAAGACACGACUGUACAAGUUUAAAGCAUGGAUGUAACCCCUCCGUAUAGGAUGUCAGCAUACUUCAUGUUGACUCGUGGGUAUAGACUCAAAGCGGCGCCCUGUGGGAGUGCUGCCGGUAGCCAUGGCCCUAAUGACUGUUGGUGUGAAAGCCUCCUUAAUAUGUUCACUCUGCUCCCUGUGCGUCUCCCGUCUGUUUCAUGAUCAGGUGAGAAUGUCAGUCAUGUGUCGGUUUGUGUGUUCCUCUCUGACGGAUAUUGAGGCUUUUCUCUGUAGAUGAUGACGCCUCUAAAUGCCCGACAUGUGGCAGAAAACUGGAGGAAGUCUCUGUGAUAAACCCGCUUGUGUGAGUGCGUGCAGGUCGAGUAAUACUUUAAAAUGCAAUAGCCCCGUAAAAUGUAUGUGCCAGACUUUCAACCUUGUGACUGCACCCCUUCGGCUGUGUCUUUUUCCAAAAUGGCGUGAGUGCAGUAGAAGUAACAGAAGUGGAUGCAUGUCCUGUGUUUGGCUCGCAUUACAUCACACAGAAAAGACUUGGUUUGCAAUGAAUGAGCAAUGCUCUCUAACAGCAGGUUUACACUAUCUUUGACUUGACAGAGUGUGUGUGUGUGUGUGUGUGUGUGUGUGUGUGUGUGUGUGUGUGUGUGUGUGUGUGUGUGUGUGUGUGUGUGUGUGUGUGUGUGUGUGUGUGUUGUGUGUGUGUGUGUGUGUGUGUGUGUGUGUGUGUGUGUGUGUGUGUGUGUGUGUGUGUGUGUGUGUGUGUGUGUGUGUGUGUGUGUGUGUGUGUGUGUGUGUGUGUGUGUGUGUGUGUGUGUGUGUGUGUGUGUGUGUGUGUGUGUGUGUGUGUGUGUGUGUGUGUGUGUGUGUGUGUAUAUAUAUAAUAGUCAAAAGAUGAUUAAUUUCUUACUUACUAACUUUCAUUAUUUUUGUAAUAUUUGUUUUAUUGUGUUUCUGGGUAGAAGUGACUUGGAGCAAAUGAUGUAGAAUAAAUAUCCAGAGAUGCAAUAUAAAUCCAGUUGUAAAGUAAAGUGCUUUUGUCACGGUUCCGUUCUCAUCCACAGCGUCUGCAGGCUGUAAGCUACUCGGUGGUGUUCGUACAGCUGUAGUAUGUACUUGUGAAAGUGCCUUUUGAAAAUGUUUUAGAGGAACUUCAGACAUUCUGUACUGUUGCAUUUUCAUGACAGAUGCUGUGUUGUUGUUUUUUUUUUUGAGAAGAUGCAGUGCAGGAAGAACAUGAAUAAGUAAAGAUGCCAUUUUCCAAACAGUUAUAUGACGGAAUAAAUAAUAAAUAAACAGCUUACCCAUUG